AUGUCUGCUAACGAACUUGCCAUCUCUUUCAUCGGGCCGGGAGAAGUCCUCUCUGCAGGAAUCACUCUUCCCGUUGUAGGGAUUAUCGUUGUGGCCCUUCGUUUCUGGCUUCGUUCCUACCAGAAAGCUAAGCUUGGUCUAGAUGACUACACAAUUCUUGUAGCUUUGUUCUUCGUCAUUGGAAUGAGUAUAUGUCUUAUCUACGGUUGGUUUUAUCCACUACUUGCGUUCGUGUGGAGGCUGAAAAUGCAAUGGUCUCAAAAGCUUUAUAUUACAGGAAUAUUUUUUCUGGCUGCUGGAUCUUUGGUUGCGGCUAUUAUAAGGUUGAAGGUUCAAUUAGAAAUUUCUGAUGGUGGCUAUGCUGCCCAUACAGAUGUUGAUUUAACUCUCACGAUUCUAUUAUAUUACAGUAGCCUUGAGAGUGGCGUAGCGUUGAUAGCAGCCUGUCUCCCCACUCUUCAUUACCUCAUAGCUCGACCACCAUUUCGCAACCCCUUCUCCAGCGUGGUGAGCCUUCUAGGAAUUAAUUCCCUACGAUCACGUGGAACUUCGAGCUCUCGAGCCCACGACAAUACUGCACCAGACACCGAGAUUCUGGUGACAAAGAAGGUUUCGCAAUCAUCGCACUCUGGUGGCAGCUUCGUUGCCUCUGAGCAUGUUGGACACGUGUACAAGCUACCACACGUGGAAGACGGAUUCGAAUUACCUCUGGUCCCACAACGACCGGCACAAACACAUACUAGAAUUUCGGGCAAACCGUAG